AUAGAAACAGGAAUGUUUGGUCAAGUCUUCUUACGCCUCAAAAUAAUGAACAAAAUUCCAAACCGAUUUAAUCAACCGGCUUCAUAUACAUCACUGCUCAUUAUUCCACCUGUUUCUUUCAUAGCUUCAUCUUUUGGAAGUAAUCCCCAGUUCUCUGUUACUAGGAGAAAAAUCCCAAUCAUAUAAGCAAUUCUAAGUUUAUUAAAAUCCUUUGAGCAAGCUUUAGGUUUCUUAUCCUCUUAAACCCAUUUCUCCCCAUUUGGAGAUCUCUUCCAAAUCCAUGGAAGAUGCUAUACGCUUCAUAUUUUUCUCAUUUCUGCUCAUUCCUGCAAAUACCCAACUUGAAUCCAACCAAAAAGGAUACAUAUCUGCUGUUAUAUCCACUAAAGGUCUUGAUUUUGCUAAAGAUUUGCUGAUUGAGAAAGCUGUUUCUUCUAUAAUUCCACUUCAACUGUCUGAUAUCGAAAAGUCUGCAAAAAUCCCGGUUGUUGGGAAAGUUCGUAUGGGUCUUUCUGAUAUCGUAAUUUAUAGUGUCGAUUUUCCUUUUUCAUCUGUUGCAACUGGAGACUCCGGUAUUGUUUUAGUUGCUUCUGGUGCUACUGCUAAUUUGAAUAUGAAGUGGAAGUAUUCUUACAAAACAUGGAUAGUCACUAUUUCUGAUCAAGGAACUGCCACUGUUGAGGUUCUAGGCAUGGUGGUGUGGCUUAAAGCGGCUGUUAUAAACGAAGAAGGAACUCUCAAGCUAUUUUUAUUGGACUAUGAAUGUCAUGUGAAAGAUAUCUCCAUAAAUGUAGAUGGUGGAGCUUCUUGGCUUUAUCAAGGGAUCAUUGAUGCUUUCCGAGGGAAAAUCAUGUCUGAAGUUGAAGAUGCGAUUAUCAAGAAGAUCAAAGAAGGAAUGAUAAAGCUUGACUCAUUGUUGCAGUCGCUUCCAAAACAACUGCAAGUUAAUAGUGUUGUUGCAUUGAAUGUGACUUUCAUGGAUGAUCCUUUGUUAACUAAUUCUUCCGUAGAGCUUGAAAUUAAUGGUUUAUUCAACGGAGCAGAUGAAAUUUCAGUUUCAAACUAUUACAGUAAAAGAGCACGGAAUUUCCUUUCCUGCAAUGGUUUAGCAAAGAUGGUUGAAAUCUCAUUGCAUGAAAAGGUUUUUCAAUCUGCUGGAUCAGUAUACUUCCAUGCAGAUCAUAUGCAUUGGACUCUCAACAAAAUACCUGAGUCACUGACGAACACUGCUGGAUGGAGAUAUAUUAUACCUCAAUUGUAUGAGCAAUAUCCAAAUGAUGAUAUGAAGCUUCAUGUAACAGUGACUUCUCCACCAGUCAUACGAAUUGCAGAUCAUGACGUGGACACCACUAUUUAUGCAGAUUUGACUUUCGAGGUCUUAGAUUCCAGUGAAGUCGUCCCCAUCGCUUGCAUCUCAUUGGUGAUAAGUACAUCAUGUUCUGCAGAAAUUCAUAGGAACAAUCUUACUGGUAGCAUUAAGCUAACCAACUUCACAUCAUCUUUGGCAUGGAGCAAUAUUGGUAAUCUUAACAUGCAUCUCCUUCAGGCUGCAAUGUCAACUGUCCUCGAAAACUUCUUCAUGCCAGAUCUGAACUUACAUCUUAGAAAUGGGUUCCCUUUGCCUCUUCCCCAUGGUUUUACACUUCAGAAUGCUGAAAUUGUCCAACUCGAUUCGAAGGUUAUGGUUCGUAGUGAUUUGAGCUACACAGAGGAUAUGAUCUCUCGACCGGGUAUAAAUUUAUUAGCAACAGCUUGAAUGCUUGAUGUUCAUGCUAAAAUUAACUAUUGUUGUAUACCUAAAAUCAUGUACAAGUGAAAGCCCCAAAAGUAUAUUACAUGGUACAUAGUUUAUACUCAAGUUGAAGCUUUUUAGCUUUUUCGGUUUGUAAAUUUCAAAGAGAUUGGGAGAAGUAAAAAUGAUUUGUUUCUUAUUAAAA